AUGAAAUAUGGGGAGCAGAGGAACCAGCAGAAAGAAGACAUAGAGUCAGAAUCAGUAAGAGUUGGAGCUUAUGCAGAAAAUAUUAUACCCCUCUACAACGACCAGGAGUUCAAAUCUCACUUCAGAAUGCAUCGACCAACUUUCAUGGACUUGUGUCAGAUUCUUAGACCCCAUCUAUCCAAUAAGAUCCUGUCUGAAGAGAAGAAGAUCCUGGCUACACUCUGGCUUUUGGGGAACCAAGAGUCAUUCAGAGGUGUUGGUGACAGAUUCAACUUGAGCAAAUCAUCACUACACAAAGUUUUUCUUAAGAAAACUGGAUUUCCUGGUGUUGUCGGUGCUAUAGAUGGAACUCAUACAGAUUCCAGAGAUUUUCAUUUGCUUGGUGAUAUGGCUUAUCCUCUCUCACCAUUCAUGAUUGUCCCUUACAAGAAUACUGGUCAUCUCACACCUGAAACAGAGAUCUUUAAAAAAAUUCAUUCUUCUACUAGGGUAGUGAUCGAGAGAGAUUUAGUUUACGGAAGUUACAAGACGUUUUUGAACCCGAGCCAGAGGUUAUAUAUGAAGGUGUUCCCGAAGUGGAAACCUGCCACUGGAAGCACUAUCAGUAAAAAGGAGCCCCAGUUCAAGCGGUGUCCCCACUGCGACGGCGAGCACGGGGCCGAGUCCUGCACCACCUGCCGCACCUACCACCGCUACUUCCCCCGACCGUCACGCCCUCGCGCCCACGCCCACGCCUACCACACCAACAACCCGCAGGCCGCCCUCAAGGUGCUGCGCCAGCCCGGCCGCCGAGACCUGCGUCCGAGGAAGCGCUACCUGGCCGAGAUCGAUGGCGCCCUGCAUGGCGAGGCCCUCCGCCACCCCCGUCGGGCGCGGUCCCUCUCGCCGCAGCGCCGCCCGACGUCGGCUCCUCCAGACCGCCUCGACCUCGGCCACAGCAGGUCACGCAAGGACGACGACGACGACCCUUCGGCUGACGAGGACGAGCACGAGUCCAGGUCGCAUUCCAGGUCGAAUUCCCGAUCCAAUUCCCGGUCGCCGUCGCCGCCCGCCAGCCACGCCUCGGCGCCGGCGACCAUGACGCGGCGGCGACAGCGCUCCUACAGACGGCCUCUCACCCCGAGCUUCCGGCGGCGCCAUGACGACUCCGACGACGAUCUCUAUGACGACCUCUACAUCCCCAGGAGGUACUACCACCACCACUACCCCUGGGAGGACUGUCCCCUGUGCUACCCGGACUACCCUUAUCUCCCACGAUACCCGCAUCUUGCCCGGUACUACCACGCCCAUGCCCUCCGCCACUCCCACCGCUAGCCCCCCCUCCCACCGUCACCGCCGAUGACGUCACGCCACCACCACCGAUGACGUCAUAUCACCACCACCUCCGAUGACGUCAUAGACAGCGUCGGUUAUGAUGACGUCACGCCCUCUAGACUCGCGCGCCAUUGUCGUUUGUUGUGCUCGAGUUAGUCUUUUUUUUGCCAGACUCCUGUCUCGUCAGACUUGAAUCAGUCAUUUUAACGUGUGGAAAAAACGUGUGUUGAAAGCUUGUCAUGUAACUUUGCUGGAUAGUCAGAAAGCUGUCAGUCGACUGGGCGCUGGAAAUCAUUUUCUUGAAUGGAAUCUCGUGCAGAAGAUUUAUCAGUAACAUUUAUGAGAAUCUCUUUAUGACCUCAAUUCCGGUUUUGCGUAAAUUCGUUGAUUCGCUCGCCUUCCCAGGCCGCCUUUCUGCUAAACUUUGAUAUUUGAAUGUGUCUUUUAAUCAAAUUAAUAUGUAUGCUAUCGUAGAACUUUCCCCCAACCUCUUAAGA